GAGGAGCCGAGGAGUAAGUGAAGUGUGUAACGUCGUCUGUGAGCGCAGAUGCAACGGCGCCGGAGCUAUCACUCUUUAUCUUUGCCGGUCCGCGGCGGCGAAGCCAACUCCGACGCCAACGAGCCAGCUCGUGCGGGUGAUGGCACCAACAACUAUGACCACCUCGUCGACGCCCAGGAUUUUAGGAACAUGAGGCUUGCUAUCGGCACGGUUGACAGGAGCAUCUUUGAGAUGUCCCUGAGCGACAACCUGACCGGCACCAGGCACAUCGACAUCCGCCUCCGGCAAAAUGUCGCGCCUGGCAACGUCCCAGGGCCGGAGGAACAGGCCGUCGUUGAACCUGGCAGUGGUAAUGGCAGCAGGCUCAAGAUCACUGUGGCGGCGGAUGAGCCCGAGCCCAGGCCCGACGCGGACGACAAGGAGUACUUGGACCAGAUGCGCGGGUGGUUGAUGACGGUGGCCGCGCUCUUCGUCGGCAACGCCUUCCAGGCGGCGAUCCAACCGCCGCAAUGGGUUCAGCUGGGAGCACUACAAGGUGAUGAGCCAGCGCGUCCUGAGGAUGCCAACACCUCGGCUUCCGGCCCUGCCGCAGCUCUAAGUCCUUCCGCACAACGUCGUAGAGCAGAAAUAUACUUUAACUGUAACGGGGUCGCGUUGAUGAAUGCGUUGUCCCUGUUGCUAGUGCUGGUACUGUUGCGAGGGACCUCAACCGCUAGUCGUGUCACGAAGCUCAUAGGAUGUGCGAUGCCGACCCUCUUCCUGACCCAAGCACUCACCUUCGCCUUGGCCACGAGUACCAACUGGCGGGAGACAUGGAUUGCGUUCGCCAAAUGUACGGUUUAUGCCGUCGUCGUGAUUGUCAUUAUGCUGGGCAAACUAGGUGGCUGCAUCAGGAUUAUUCCCCAGCUGCUUCGUCGCUGACCUGCGACGCGCGGCCGGCAGCGGCCUUGCUGGUCUCAAUGCAUUCAGCUCAUGUUAGUCCGGGGAAAUUUGACCCCGUGUGUCAUCUCCAUCAUCAACCAAAAAAUAAUCUGUCAUCGAGAGUUUGCGGCUUUGUACUGCGUGGUGGCCUGUAUGUGCAAUUAUUCUGAAACGAGUUGUGUAAUUCCGUCAGCUUCAUAUUCAGUACUACUGAGUUCUGUAUCAAUUAUUUGCUUCGGCUGGUUGUUUGUGCA